ACUUUUGUGUCACUGUCAAACUUAUAGGUUAACUAAAAGAAAACAUCAAAAAAUAAGUUUGACAACACCCUCAAAACAUAGUUUAUAUUGCUGUUUGGUUAAAUUUUGAUUUCUGACAUGGAAGAAAAAGGUUUUGAAGAGCAAUUCGUAUGCAGGGCAUGUUUGAAAAUUGUUGAACGUACUACACAAAGCUUUGGAUAUGUGGAUGAUGCUACUGGAAACUUGAGGGAUUUGCUGAUGUGUUGUGUCCCAGAACUGGAUAUAUAUGUAUCAUCCAAUCCCAUUAUAUGUUUCGGAUGUAUACAAGGGCUAAUCCAAGUUCACAAUUUUAAAUCCAAAUGUAUAAAUACAGAAAACAUCAUACGCACAUUCAUGCACAAAUACAAAGUCCCUGAUGAACAAUUAAUAAACUUAGGCUCUGUAGUAAAAGAUGUAGUUGAAGUAAACAAGUUUCAUAAACAACAAGAAGAUCUGAGAAGACAGUUUCUGGUGGACAAACGGAUAAUAGGGAAUCCAAUAAAUUCAAGUUGUCCUCCACCAUUGAUAUAUCAUGAAGGACCAAUACCAUCGCCAACAAGUAUACCAGCGCCAGUACAGGAAUUGGAAAGGACUCCCACAACAUAUGAGCAGGUAGCAGGACCUGUACUACCAUUGAUAAUAGACACCGACCAAUUACGAUCACUUACAAGUGGUAGUGAACAAACGCCAUCCCCGCUACAUUACCAACCAUCUGCUUCCGAUCAGAUACUGCAAGUUAAUCCGCCAAGGGACCAUGAACCAUUGAUGCGGCCAUUGCCAAUUGUCCAUUUACAGCCAAUGGAUAAUAAUCCUAUUAACUCAUUCAAUCCCCAACUAGCACAAUCGAUGGUUCCUCAGCAGUUGCAGGCGACUGGCUAUGGGCCAGCAUACACACCUAUUUCAAUAGUGCAACCUCAAAACGUGCCUUUGUUGAGCCCUCAAAAUAGAAUGUCCAUGAGUUCCUCACAUGGUCCACCAUUAUAUCCAAGAUUUAUAUCAUCUUCAAUGACUCCUCGAUAUAUGUCUUCAACUGGUGGUCCGCAAAUAUCACCACUGAAUUUUGUAAGACUACCACCAUCCACACCUGUUCCAACAAGCCUUUCUGUGGGGACUAUGCGUCAUGCAUUAGCUAAUAAACUUAAUUCUAAUACACUUGUAAACGGUCUUGGAGUCAGUUCAGAUGUACCUCCACUUGUCGCCAUUCCAUUGCAGCAAAAAAGACCCGCCGUAGAAUCUGGAAGUCAAAACCCAAUUCAACGCCAAGAAUCAAUUACCAAUACAAAUGAUAAACGUGAACCAGAAUAUCAUCCUAUCGAAAAGAAAAGAAGAUUAGUCGUGAGAUUGCCGAGAAUGAAUUUUGUAUUACCUUCAAAUUCAGAUGCUGUUCCAUCUUUUAAUCAGACUGAAAGUUCAAACAGUUACGGAGCUAGCACUGAAGAACAACAUGAUGGGCAUGAGGUUGUACCAGAUGAUCAGGAAAUAGCAAACUUUGGAACUGAUGUAAUGCAAGAAGAAGAAGGCUCCGUUAUUAGAUCAGAAAAUGGCGGCGUAUUGCCUGAGCACAACAUUGCCAAACUUUACAAUUGUGCCUGUAUGUACCUAACAACAUCCCAAGCAUUGUUUAAUGAGCAUAAGAAUAAAUGUCAAAUGUCUAAGAUCGGUUCUAAGCAAACGUACAAAUGUCCGCAUUGUACUCACGUCACAAAUCGGCCUUAUGCUAUCAACAAGCACAUUAAUACCAUGCACACUAAGUCUGUUUGGUUCAUGUGCGAAUCCUGUAGCUACAAAAGUACCGACAAAUCCUGCUUAAGACGGCAUGUUAGGAAAAAUCACGAAGAUCCUGAUCCUACGAAACAAUACCCCUGUCACCUAUGCGAUAUGGUUAUGACUAAUAAAUACAACUUCAAAAGGCACUUGUUAAAACACGAUGAAGCUCUCUCCUACGACUGUGAGUUUUGUUCGUACAAUUGCAAAGAUAAAAGUAACUUUCGUAAACACCUGUUCACUCAUAGUCCCAAAUUAUUGCCGUGUUCGUUGUGUGCGUACAAUCACGUAUCGCCGUAUCAGCUCAGGAGUCAUCUCAAGAAACACCACGAAGGUGUCGGUGUGGAUAAAGUGGACAUUAAGAAUGAUAUAUCGAUAAUAGAACUCGUUGAUGAAAUUCGAACAGCAAUCAAUAGCAUAGAUAAUUAUAUAAUUCCAGUACCCGAUGACCUAGAAGCCACAGAAGAGACCGAGGAACUAGAAGCGCCAGAAAUAACCGAGGACAGCUAAAUAUGGUGAUUUCAUUGUAUUAUAAUUAAUAAGUUUAUUUGAUAUUUGUGUACGUACAUAAAUAUGGAACGCUGGUUUUAAAAGUGGUUAAACAUGCUUAUACGCCAGUCAAUGGGAGCA